UUCUUUCCUUCCGACCUUUACUGUCAGAGAUACAAGAGAACAGCUGCUCAAGUUCAAUCAAAACUUUCUUUUUUAACGAAAAUUGUUGACUUGUUGAGCAAACAGCGGCUUGUGUCGGCAAGACGGACUCAUUUUACAAAAAAAACUGCUUUAUUUUACACCGAGAGAAAAAGAAAAACAAGUUAUACGAUUACUGGUACAAGUGGUAACAUCUUUGACAGGAUUUCAAUGCUGGCKUACUAAAGGCGUUGAGUUCUAAGUUGGAGUUUCGCUAAAAUAAGUAUUGCAUUAAGCRACACAAAUUUGGUCAGUUUAACUUCAACAGCAUCAAAUAUGACCAACGCAGAGACACAGUACAAAAGUUGGAUGGAAAAGCAACUACACUACAGUCAUCUCUAUACCAUUCUUCUCGUUACAACUGCCGUUCUAACUGUCGUGCCGAACUUUUUCGUCAUCCUCGCAGUAAUCAAGGACCCCAAUCGCAACUUACGCAAUUCAUCCAAUCUUCUCAUCGCCAGUCAAUCCGUGGCGGAUUUCUUCGUUGGUGCUGUACAAGAAAUGCUUUGCAUCUGGUGGUUCUGGACGUUUGRUCAUAACGCGCUCCGUGUCAUUGAGAUGACGAGCUCAGUGUUCAUGGUCGCAUCAAUACUACAUGUGUUGGCGUUAAGCUAUGAUCGUUAUGUCGCUGUAGUUACACCCUUAUUGUACACAGCUCGCAUGACAGUGAAGCGCACCUAUAUCAGUAGUGCUGUUAUCUGGAGCUACAGUGUGCUCUACAUGGCCAUCCGAACUGUCCUUCAAGAAGUCUUCCGGAAAAAACGAGCAGUGACUAUCCUGACGGGUUUAAACACUGUUUUCCCUGCCUUUCUUGGUCUAAUCAUCUACGCAAUGUUGUACCACUUUAUUCGUAUGUACAAAAAGAAAGCUCACAAGUUAGACGCGUCGGGACGCGCGGUCAUGCAGGCUUACCUAAGACACCGAAAAAUGACCUAUGUACUAAUGACAGCUUUCUUUUUGUUUUUAUUCUGCCUGACGCCUUGGUUCGUGUUUUACCAGGUCAUUGAUUCUUGCCCUAACUGUGAACAUAAUAAAGACGUAGAGAUGUAUCUGUUCGUAUGKUUUUUUUACCUUUUCAUGUUCAAAUCUCUACUCAAUCCAUUCCUCUACGCCUGGAGAUUGACCAAGUACAGAAAUGCUAUCAGCCGUAUUGUGCCAUGUUGUAGGAUACCACGAAGGGUAGCUUCUGCAAGCGAAGGUUCUUCUGCAGCACGGAAUGCAAGCUUCAUGCGCAGUGUACAUAGAAGUCAUAGAGAUAUGCAAAACAAUGCGUAGUUGAACAAGACGUURUUUACUUCAACAUACAAYGUUCAAAGGCURGUUGUUAAUAGCGRCCRCAAACUACAGCAUAGCUUAUUGAASAUAAUAAUAAUAURAUAUAUAUAAACGUAAUAAAUGAUAAGCAUCAAAUGAUUUGAAGACAAUUAAUAUCAAAUUAAGAUGAAGCGUACAUAUCUAGAAGACAGACUCUCACCGCUAAGUGUAGAUAGACAGGUUGAGUAAUAGGUGAUGUAACUAARAAUACUGCUGGUGACCAGAUACCAUGGUAGAUCUAGCACCAAAAUAUAUGUA